GAUUGAUCUGAGUUGGGACAAGCUUUUGAAAAAUUAGGAUUACAAUUCUAAAUGCAUGAAUUUGACUUGCUCGGUAGUUUGUCUACCUGACAGCUGCACGUGAAUGACGCCAGAAACGCAUCUAGAUCAAUAGAAGAGCCCCAGUAGUGCCAGUGGAAGCUGACUGGUUCCCUCCUCUUCCCUCCACCCCCACAGGAACCCCCAGCCAUGAACAAGCAGCCCAGUAAAGAGAGUCUGAAGGACAAGGUGAAGGGGAUAUUUGGUCUGGGAACCCCUCGACCCCCCAGCAAACAGACAGAGAGCAAGCCCUCAGAGUUCAUCAUCACACUAGAUAUACUCAAGGAGCUGCACCCUGACUGUGGCCUUAGCAACAGAAUCCGGGUUGCUAACCAUGUCUGUGACCUGGCCAAGGCCAAGAAGUUUGAGGAGCAUGCGGUGGAAGCAGUAUGGAAGGCGGUGGAGGACAUGCUGACUCCAGAACAGCCCCCUGAAGCUAGACAUGCUGUCCUGCUGCUCCUCAGAGCUAUCAUUCAGGGACAGGGUGAGCGUCUGGGUCCUCUGCGGGCCUACUUCUUCAAGGUGAUCAGAGACUACCAGCCGUCCAAUGAGGACCUGUCUGACAGGCUGGAGGUGUUCAAGGCCCUGACGGAGAACGGGAAGGAUAUCACUUACCUGGAGGAGGACAUAGCUGGGUUUGUCCUGGUCUGGAUGGACAUUGGUCUGACCGCUGACUUCCUCCAAGUCCUGGUCAACCUGGUGAAGUUCAACAGCUGCUACCUGGACCAGAACGUAUCCAUCAUGGCCCAGAAGAUCUGUCUGCUGUGUAACCGAACAACAGCUUCUACAGACAUAGAGGUGUCUCUACAGGUGUUGGAUGCGGUGGUGUGUUAUAACUGCCUCCCCUCUGACUCCCUCACUGUCUUCAUCAUCACUCUCUGUCGCACCGUUAACGUCAAGGAGUUCUGUGAGUCCUGCUGGAAGUUGAUGAGGAAGGUGUUGGGGACUCAUCUGGGCCAUAGUGCCAUAUACACCAUGUGCCGUAUCAUGGAGGAGAGGGCGUAUAUGGAGGAUUCUCCGUUGCUGAGAGGAGCAGUGUUCUUCGUAGGGAUGGCUCUAUGGGGGGCGCACCGUCUUCCCGCCCUAAAAAACACCCCUACCCUGGUCCUCCCAUCAUUCUAUAAGGCGAUGUGGUGUGCCAACGAGAUGGUGUCAUAUGAGAUCGUUCUCUCCAUCACCAGACUGAUAAAGAAGUAUGGCAAGGAACUCCAGGUGGUCACAUGGGACAUACUGCUGGCUAUCAUAGAGAGAUUACUGCAGCAGAUUCAGUCGAUAGGCAGUGCAGAACUGAAGUCCAUAGUGUAUGAAUUGCUGACUACAGUGGAGGAGCUCUAUGAGCAGAACGGCUUCCAUGGAUCAUCUGACAAGUUCUUCAGUCUGGUGGAGAAGUGUGCUGACAAAAGACCUGAUGCGUCGGUGCUGACUCUGAUAUCGUACCGGGCCCAGUCCAUCCAGCCAGCUAAAGAUGGGUGGAUCCAGAGCCUACACCGCCUUAUGGAGAAGUUCUUCAGGAAUGAGAGUCGUAGUGUGAUCAGGAUCAAAGUGCUUCACAUCCUCUCCUUUGUCCUCAGCACCAACCGCCAGCUCUACGAGGAGGAGUUGAUAGAUGUGGUGGUGGUUCCUCACCUCAGUGGGGUAGCAGAGGACAGAGACCUGGCUGUGAGGAGACAGGCUACCCAGCUACUGGUGGACCUGGCUGAGAGCUGUAAUACACACCACUUCACCAUCCUACUGGACAUCAUAGAGAGGGUGGCCAGUCGUUCGCUGGCGUGCCCAGGGCCCCUGGAGGUGUCGGAGAGAGACCCCACGGCAGAAUCCCCCAUGGAGGACGUCAGGACCGCUAUACUGGGGUUACUGGAGAUACUACAGAGUAAGCUGUACAGCCUGCCAGCCAGCCACGCUAGUCGAGUGUACGAGCUGCUGAUCGGACACCUGCAGCUGCACUACAAGAACAAGUACUGCUCCGCUGUGGCCUGCAGCAUACGACUACAGGUCUUUGACUUCCUCCUGAUGAUGAGAACUGACUCUCUCCAUCGUCUGGGGUUCCUCAGUAAAGACGGCGUGCUGAGGUUCAGCCCGUACUGCCACUGUGACAUGGGGGAACCAGAGAAACGAGGGAGUGAGAAGAAGUCUGCAGGCUCAGGAUCUCCCCCUGCUGGCAGUCCUACCCCCUCCUCCACCACUACUCCCUCCAUCCCUCCUUCCUCCUCUUCCUCCUCCAUCCGUACAGCCUGCCUGCCCUACUCACUUGCCUUUAGUGUGCUGCUACAGUGCCUGAAGAUGGAGACCGACUGGAAGGUGUUGAAGCUGGUGCUAGAUAAGAUGUCCUGGACCCUGCAGUAUAAAGUCCUGCUGCUGUCCUCUCCCUGCAGCAUAGACCAGCUCUGCUCUACACUCUGUGUUAUGGUAACAGACCGUCUUAUCUCAGAGCGUCUGAAGAAGACUCCAGAUGGUUUCAGUCGUACUGACGUCCAGCUGGCUGUAGUGCCUGUUCUCACAGCUAUCACAUCAUACCACAACUACCUAGAACAGGCCAGACAGAGGGAGUUGGUUCAGUGUUUGGAGACAGGGCUGAUAUACCGCUGUGCCAAGCAGUGUGUGGUUGCCCUGACAAUGUGCACCGUGGAGAUGCCUGACAUCAUGAUUAAACUCCUCCCCGCCCUCAUCGUCAAGCUGACGCACAUCUCGGCGACCGUCGCCAUGGCGUCACCCAUGCUGGAAUUCCUGUCCACUCUGGUGCGGCUGCCCCAUCUCUAUGCUAACUUCGUAGCAGAGCAGUACGUCAGUGUGUUCGCCAUCUCCCUGCCCUACACCAACCCCUCCAAGUUUAACCAGUACAUUGUGUCGUUGGCUCACCAUGUCAUCUCCAUGUGGUUUAUCCGCUGCAGACUCACCUUCAGAAAGGACUUUGUGCAGUACAUCACCAAGGGUCUGCGCUCCAAUGCUCUGAUGCCGUUUGAUGACACCCACGACACCCAGAGCAGCUUCCGCGCUCGCAGCACCAGCCUCAAUGAGAGGCCCAAGAGUCUACGGGCAGCCAAAAUGGCAAAGGCUCACCACCAGCAGCAGCAGGCGUCAUUGGCAAUGGCAGCAGGUGUAGCGGCGAGUACCGGCUCACCCGUUAAAGAGCUGAGAGAUCUGUCGGCCAUGGACGCCUUCCGCUCCCGAAGCAUCAGCGUCUCCGACCACGCGGUGCGCAGGAUGCAGACCUCCAGCACCACGUGUAGUCUGGGUUCUUCUGAUGAGAACACUGUGACCCAGGCAGAUGAUGGGUUAAAGACUGUCCACCUGGAGUUAACUGAGACCUGUCUGGACAUGAUGGCUAGAUACGUCUUCUCCAACUUCUCAGCCCUGCCCAAGAGGUCUCCUAUAGCAGAGUUCCUUCUAGCGGGGGGUCGCAGUAUGACCUGGCUGGUGGGUAACAAGCUGAUCACCAUAACGACCAGCGGCGGGGUCAGAAGCCAGGCACUACUGGGAAUGGACAUGGUGGAGAGGCUGGGAGGAGGGGGAGAGAUGAGCAGGUCAGACCCGUCCCUCCACACCCGUCAGACCAAAGAGGCUCCGGCCAAACUGGAGUCCCAGUCCAGUCAACAGCUCAACAGAGCCACACGCAUCAGAGUACGAUCCAUGUCAGGUGGCCAUGCUCUCCGUGCAGGUCCAGUCCAGAGCCUCAGCCCCCUGGUCUCACCCUCUGAGGGGGGAGAGCUGUGUUGUGUCCCCCUCUCUCCCCCCUCCUCCUCCUCCGGCCCCUGUCUGGACGGCCUGGGGCCUCCCUCCCCCUCCCCCUGCGCACCACCUAAGGACCCCCUCAAAGACAAGCCCAGCCUGGCAGAGUUCCUGCCCAUGCUCACCCAGGGAUGGGCUGAGAUCUUCAUACGCAGACCCUCAGGUAACACCAGCUGGUUGAUGUGUCUGGAGAACCCUCCCAGUCCCUUCUCCUCUGAGCUGGGUAACAUGCCUCUCCAGGAGCUGUCCUCUGUCCUCAUGGCCAUGGAGGGGGUCAAGGAGCCCCCCACCCAGACCGCCAGCGCCCCCGCCAGCACAGCCACCCCCGCCCCGACCCCCGUGGCCCUUAACCCCCCCGGACCCACCCCCAUCCAAGGGGGCAAGCCUGGACUCAUCCAGCGCUCUAACACAGUCUACCUUGUUUUGGAUUGGUUUAUUAUUUUCUAUUUCCUGUCACGCUGGUUUGUGAUUGGCUGCACUGUGUUGAUUGGCGACCUGGCUCGUCCAGUGGGCUCUCUCUCCUCUCUGGGUCUGUCCUUCGCCCCGUCCCCAGUUCCGGGACGGCUCCAAAGGAGCAUUUCCUGGGCAGACUCUGUGGUAGUGCUAGAGGAGGGGACAGGGGUCAGGGGCCACGUAGUCUCCCCCUCUGAUUGGCCGGAGGCUGAGGAGUUUGGGGCCAUGCCCUCUGAACCCAUCUACAUCACUGCUGACAAGUUCACCAAUGCCCCGCCCCCUAGAACACUCAGCAGGUCCUCCUCCAGCUCCAGCCAGGACGAUGAGAAGUCCACCCUGGAGGAGGUGAGUGAGGGGGCCAUCCCCAUCGACCAACCCCCCCUGGCCCCCUCCACCCCGGGCAGCCAAGGCCCAGAGCUCCCCCUCCAGACCCAGAACCAGCCUGGGACCCAGACCCUCAACAAGUCCAGCUCCUCCCCUGAGCUCCAGGCCCUACCAGAGGCCUUCCCUAAUGCCACAACCGGGCCUGGGGCCGGAGUAGGAGAGGCACCCGAGGUUAGGACACCCUCGGAGGGGAAGAGCCAGCCACAACAGCCCCCGGCGGAGAAGGAGAUGGAGAAGGUGGAGAGUGGAGGAGGAGAGGUGAACGGACAGAGUCAGAGUGGGGAUUCCACCCCAGUGACAGGGGGGUUGUCUGGGGCAUCGGGAGGAGGAGGUUUCUCUUCCUCCCAGGGAGCCAGGAUGAGGCUGGAGUUCCCAGCGCCCCACCAGCCUGGCCCCCUCUCACCCAGCGGAGGGCACCGUCCCAGGGGUCACACCAUCUCAGUGUCGGCCCCCUCCUCCAGGAGAGAGCGGACAGGAGGAGACGUGUACCACACCACCCGGCCCGGACCCACCAACACUGAGAAGACCAGUGGACUCAGUCCCAGUUUUGUGUUCCUUCAGCUCUACCACUCUCCCUUCUUUGGCAACGAGGCCAACAAGCCCCUCCUGCUGCCCAAGUCUCAGCUGAUCGACAGAGCGGUGAAGGUUUUGGACCAGAUGCCUCCGUAUGAUACCCAUAAGAUUGGAGUGGUGUUUGUAGGAGCUGGCCAGGUAUUCAACGAGGUGUCCAUCCUGUCCAAUGAGUAUGGUUCUAACCGCUACGCUGGCUUCCUGACAGGCCUGGGGAAGCUCAUCCACCUGAAGGACUGUGAUCCAGACCAGAUCUUCCUGGGGGGUCUAGACCAGUAUGGGGACGAUGGGGAGUUCACCUACUGCUGGCACGAUGACAUCAUGCAGGCCAUCUUCCACAUAGCCACCCUGAUGCCCAACAGAGACAGUGAUAAGGGCUGCUGUAACAAGAAGAGACACAUCGGAAACGACUUUGUUAUGGUGGUUUACAACGACUCAGGAGAGGAGUACAAACUGGGGACCAUCAAGGGUCAGUUUAACUUUGUUGAGGUGAUCAUCAAGCCUCUGGACUAUGGGAGUAACCUGGUCACCCUGCAGUGCAGGAAAGAUCUGGAGGGUCUAGUUGACACCAGUGUAGCGAAGAUCGUCUCGGACCGAAACCUUCCACUGCUGGUACGACAGAUGGCCCUACACGCUAACAUGGCGUCUCUGGUCCACCAGUACAGAGCCAACCCCUCUGAUGCCUACGCCUCCAAGUGGUUGGCCAGACUAAGACACAUCAAGAGACUCAGGACACGGGCCCAGGAGGAGAUCCAGUCUCGUCCCACCCCCGGUAUCUCUCUGACCCAGAGCCACUCCUCCCAGACCAAGCAGUCCUCCUACCAGCAGGGCGGCGGUGGAGGCUCCAACACUGACUCCUCCGGACAGAGGAAGAGACUGGUCUCCACCGUGGACGACUUCACCGACUUCGUCUGAGCCUUGAGGGCGCAUUCCGAAUGUCAAAUGUACACACUAGUAUACUACUUCGGGUCAAAUGGCACACUACUCCCUAUAUAGUGCACUACUGUUGACCAGAGCCCUAUGGACCUUGGUCAAAUGUAGUGCACUAUAUAGGGAAUAGGGUGCCGUUUGGGGGACACACAGUAUGCAUCCCCAAUACAUUGGUUUCAUGCUAUGUAGUAUGCCUGUAUGGACAUUGUAACGGAGUGAUAUUUCUGAUACUAUUUCUGGUCCCCCUGCUCAAGGCAGACGUUGCCUCCCUAACCACAGAUUUGGGAUCAGGUUAUCCGAGUGGUCCUAAUGUUGACCAGCAGGAGGAUAAUAAAAUACCUGGUCCUAGAUCUGUGCUUAGUCAGGGAUAACAUUGACCUGCUUUCGCUCUUUCUCUCUCUCUCUGACACACACACACACACACACACACACCUGCUUUCUACCUAUAUGAUUUGACGAUUCUCUCCAAAUAUUUGUCUUGACAGCACAAACUGCUAUGGCAUGCCUUGUGGCUUUUAACCCAACUGCUCCCAUGAACUGGUUCUGAUGAUGACAGGUACAGAUGGUACGGCCUAACUAGCUCUCCGUCCCAAAUGGCACUAUAUUCUCUUUAUAAUACACUACUUCUGACCAGGGCACAUAGGGCUCUGGUCUAAAGUAGUGCGCUAUAUAGGGAAUAGGGUACCAUUUGGGACGGAGAGCGCAUGACCCCUGUGGCUUACACAGCCAAAGCACACCUUUCCCUCUCCUCUUCUCUCCUCCCCUCGCAAACCACUCAGAAGGAAGGAUGGUGAAUGAGAAACACUACAUUCGAAAGCGGUGUGUGUGUACGGAAUAAACAAAACCAAUAGCCAA